UAUUAGCACAAAUAAAUAGGGCCUCACUCCUCGAGUCUUUCUCUCACCUGUCUUCCUCUAUAAUUUCUAAUAUUUCCGUCUCUCUCUCCUAGCUAGCUAGCUAGCUAGGCCUGCGAAAGUGAAUCUAGCAGAUCAAGAGUACUCGUGAGGAUGCCAAUUAGCACACUGGGAAGAAACAUCAACCUCUGUUUCAUGAAGAUCAAAUGGCCUCCCUCACCCCAAUCCCCUUCAUCACAAACCACAGAUCAUGAUCAUCAUCAUGACCAUACAUUAAUACCCACCACCACCUCCACAUCAACCCGCAUGAUCAGAAACUUUAACUCCCUCUAUGACCAUACCUCUGACUCAUCUGACUCCUCUCUCUGCGCCACUGCCUCCUCCUCCUCCUAUGUCGAGCCCAACCAGGAUGAAGACACAACCGCCACCGCUGCAGACUUCGCCUCCGCCUUUGCCUCCCAACGCUUCUUCUUCUCCUCGCCUGGCCGCUCCAACUCCAUUGUCAAAUCCACCAUUGAUGAGCUGAACUUACCAUCCAUUAUUGCAGCAGCACAAAAGCCAGAGAAGGUGUUCAACAACGGCGUGCCGGUCCCCAAGUACUCACCGGACCCCUACGCCGACUUCAGACGCUCCAUGCAGGAGAUGGUAGAGGCGCGUGAGCUCGUGGACGUGAAAUCCAACUGGGAAUUCUUGCAUGAGCUUCUUUUGUGCUAUCUUGCGCUCAAUCCUAAGAACACCCACAAGUUCAUUGUGGGAGCUUUUGCGGAUCUACUCGUCAGCCUCAUGUCGCAGCAACCGUCCGAGGGUUAUAGGCACACAGAUCCUAACCUUGCUCGUUGCUAUGAAUAACUGUGAAACUUCAAUACGGUUAAAUUAAAUUAAGGUGCUUAAGACAUGCAAAGCAUGUACAUGUAACGUGGGUGUCAGUUAAUAUUGAUGAUCAACUAUAUAGUUGUGGGGAACUAAGGUUGGUCCACCUUUUUAGAGUAAUCUAUUAAUUAUUUCAGCCU